AGGAUUACUGUGCGCUCUCAUAAGCCCUGAUUAUAGAAGGUCAUGAAGCUUCAGCUCGCGAGCCGUUAGCAUUUAGCUAGCUCAUCCAUCGACUCUACAUCUCCGCGAGCAGGUUCAUUCAUCCGCCAAAAAUGGAGUGGGCAAGUCAACUAUGUGAGAACCGAGGCUUGGGAUCCAAGAUGACAGACUCCAAAUAUUUCACCACUACCAAGAAAGGGGAGAUCUUUGAGUUGAAGGCAGAGCUCAAUAGUGAUAAGAAAGAGAAGAAAAAGGAGGCAGUGAAGAAGGUCAUUGCGUCUAUGACAGUGGGAAAAGAUGUCAGUGCUCUGUUUCCUGAUGUUGUCAACUGCAUGCAGACGGAUAAUCUGGAGCUGAAAAAGCUGGUUUAUCUGUAUUUGAUGAAUUAUGCCAAGAGCCAACCAGACAUGGCCAUUAUGGCAGUGAACACCUUUGUAAAGGACUGUGAGGACCCAAACCCUCUGAUCCGUGCGCUGGCUGUGCGCACCAUGGGCUGCAUCCGAGUGGACAAGAUCACGGAGUACCUGUGUGAACCUCUGAGGAAGUGUCUGAAAGAUGAAGACCCCUAUGUGAGGAAGACUGCUGCAGUUUGUGUUGCUAAGCUCCAUGACAUUAACGCCCAGCUGGUGGAAGACCAGGGCUUCCUGGACACCCUAAAAGACCUGAUCUCUGACUCAAACCCCAUGGUGGUAGCAAAUGCAGUUGCGGCUCUGUCCGAGAUAGCAGAAUCUCAUCCUAACAGCAACCUUCUGGACCUGAAUCCUCAGACCAUUAAUAAGCUUCUGACAGCCCUUAAUGAAUGCACUGAAUGGGGUCAGAUCUUCAUCCUCGACUGCCUGGCCAACUACACACCCCGUGACGACCGCGAGUCACAGAGUAUCUGUGAGCGUGUAACUCCACGGUUGUCCCACGCCAACUCUGCCGUGGUGCUGUCUGCCGUGAAGGUUCUGAUGAAGUUCAUGGAGAUGCUUCCUAAAGAUCUAGAUUAUUACGGCACCCUGCUAAAGAAACUUGCUCCUCCCUUGGUCACGCUCCUCUCAGCUGAACCUGAACUGCAGUAUGUUGCCCUAAGGAACAUCAACCUCAUCGUACAGAAACGGCCUGAAAUUCUAAAGCAUGAAAUGAAGGUAUUCUUUGUGAAAUAUAAUGAUCCGAUCUAUGUCAAGCUGGAGAAGCUGGAUAUCAUGAUCCGCCUUGCGUCUCAGGCCAACAUUGCUCAGGUGCUGGCUGAGCUGAAGGAAUACGCCACUGAAGUGGACGUAGACUUUGUGCGUAAAGCUGUACGAGCCAUUGGCCGCUGCGCUAUUAAAGUAGAGCAAUCAGCAGAGCGUUGUGUCAGCACGCUGCUUGACCUCAUUCAGACCAAGGUCAAUUAUGUGGUGCAGGAAGCUAUUGUGGUCAUCAAGGACAUCUUCCGAAAGUACCCCAACAAGUACGAGAGCGUGAUUGCCACCCUGUGUGAGAACCUCGACUCUCUGGAUGAGCCUGAGGCCCGGGCAGCAAUGAUCUGGAUUGUGGGAGAGUACGCAGAGAGGAUUGACAAUGCUGACGAGCUGCUGGAGAGCUUCCUGGAAGGCUUUCAUGAUGAGAGCACACAGGUGCAGUUGCAGUUGCUGACAGCUAUUGUGAAGUUGUUCUUGAAGAAACCCACCGAGACCCAGGAGCUGGUGCAACAAGUGCUCAGUCUCGCCACACAGGAUUCUGAUAACCCUGAUCUGCGCGACCGUGGCUACAUCUACUGGCGUCUGUUAUCUACAGACCCUGUGGCAGCUAAAGAGGUGGUGCUGGCUGAGAAGCCUCUGAUCUCAGAGGAGACAGACCUGAUUGAGCCCACCCUGCUGGAGGAGCUCAUCUGCCACAUUGGUACUCUGGCCUCAGUCUACCACAAACCCCCCAGUGCUUUUGUGGAGGGCAGCCGUGGCGUUCAGCAUAGGAGACUUCCUCCUCGUGUUGGCUCUGUUGAGAGUGCUGAGAGCCCUGAUGUUGGCCAGUCUGGACCUUCUGAAGCUCCAUCCGCUGUCAUUCCAUCACAGGGUGAUCUCCUGGGUGACCUGCUGAACCUGGAUCUGGCCCCGCCCACUGCCACUGUCCCUUCAGUGCAGCCCUCAAUGCAGAUGGGAGCCAUGGACCUACUGGGAGGAGGUCUGGAUAGUCUGAUGGGCGAUGAAUCAGAUACGCCGGGUGUUUCCCACAGGACAGAGGUGCAUUCUCCCCAGCCAUCUUCUGAUUAUAGUGAGAGAGAGGUCGGUGUGGGUGUUCUCACCUUUUGAGUUCAUCCUUAAAGUCUGUACUGAUCUUAGUCUAGUCCCUGUUGCCCAACAUAAACUACGGUAGUCUCU